ACGACAGUUCAUUUUUAGAAACUGUUACUGCCAGCACUUCCCCGCGGUGUGACCGCAACCGAACAAGGGCGAAGCACGCUGAAACGUCAACUGUCAGGGAAAGUCAGCAAACGGAACAUCAAUCAGUUUUGUGAAGCAAUUGAAUGCACAGGCAAAAGUGUGUGGUGAUGAGGGAUUAUCAAAACUAAAAUUAAUUUAUCUAAAUUCUAUAUUCUACAGCUAAAUCCUACGACUACACUAGUUGAACUAUAAAUACCUAAAUCUAUUAUCACAGUUUGCUCUAGUUAUCACAGUGGUUUAUCACAGCAGUAAGUUUGUUAUAGACUAGAAAAGAAACUUUUUCUAACCUUAACCUAAACACAGAUCCUAUAGCUAGACGAACAUUACGGAUAGACACGUUGAAAUUAACCUAAAAGGGCACACCGAAAAUUCUUAAAGCUGUCGUCACACCCAACAUCGGAGUUUGUGAGUUGCUAAAAGAAGCGGUAAAGAUCCCUAUUUGUUCACGGAACAAAAUCUUUAAGAAUUUUCGACAUGUCGAAUCCGAUUGCACCCUCCAAUAAUUCCAACCCGGCAACACCAGACAAUAAGGAUGAAUCCAACGGUUGUGUUUGCUGCGACCGCCCGGAGACGGUCGACGAUUGCGUCCAAUGCGAUCAAUGCAACGGAUGGUGGCACAUGAGGUGUGCAGAAGUGACAACAUCGGUGGCAGACCGAUCCUGGACCUGCAGUCACUGUUUGCCAUUGAGCGUUACAUCCAGAACAACAACAUCGAGCAUUAGGGCGGCCCGUCUAGCAUUGAAGAAAAAACUGCUAGAAGAGCAGCAAGCGAUGGAACAGCGGCAUCUCGCCGAAAAAUAUAAGCUCCUUGAAGAGGAGUUAAACGAAAUGGACGAGACGGGUAGCAACAGAAGUCGGAUAAGUAAACGAACGAGUUUGGAGAACGUAGAACAGUGGCAAAGGAAAUGUGCAAAAUAUGCUGAGGCCGUACACAGGCCACAGCCGACUGAUCAGUUGGCAAAAGUCGCAUCAGCCCUUCAGCUACCGCCGAAUGAGCCAGAGGGGGAUUCAGAGUGCACCGCUGCUGGGCCAGCUGUAGAUCCGAACACGCAUGAAACGGAACCUAACAAGCCAACUGCGGAAGGGUUGGCAUCUGCUGAAAUGGUGCAGCGAGGAGGACCGAGCGAAACAGUCACGGGAGGACGUCAUGAGGUCACUUUUCAUAAGCCGACGUUGAAUUCAACAGUGAAAUCGUCAAGUUUUCCAGCAUCAGGUCGCGUCAAAGGGGAUCCUCAGCGAAGUACUGGCGCGAUUCCUAGAACGGCUCAGAAGCACCAGGAAGUAGUGAACGCAACAGGUAAUGUCGAUCCCCAAGUGCCCCCCGUAGCACCUCAAGGUAAGCCACUUUUAAAUCCAUCCAUACCACAAAAUUCAGAAAACUCCCUCCAACAAAUGAUGAAACAAUUCGGGAGCCUGGCACCAUAUGCCACGGUCUCUUUGAAUAGAACAUCCGAAUCGAAUAUUCUUCCUAAAUCAGGAACUAGUGUUGGCUUUCAGCCACCGGCAAAUCCGAUAAUAACUCCCGGAUUAGUUCCCCACGCAGCGGAAUUACCAAAUGUUGGCCCAUCGCCACCCGCUAAUUCGAUUCCAUAUUCAGGUUUAGUUCCCCCACUCGCGGGACUACCGAAUGUUGGCCAAGUGCCACAAGUAAAUCCGGUUCAAUACGCAGGUCAGGUACCCCCUCUAGUGGGCCUACCGAAUGUUGGCUAUCUGCCACAAGCAUAUCCGGUACAAUGCGCCGGCCAAGUUCCCCCGCCGUCGGGACUGCCGACCGUUGAUCAAUUCACUCCCUCUCCCUCGCAGUUAGCCGCGCGUCAAGUAAUGUCACGUGAGCUACCGACGUUUUCUGGUGAUCCUGCUGACUGGCCGAUAUUCAUCAGCAGCUUCACGAACAGUUCGUUAGCAUGUGGAUACAAUAGUGCGGAAAACCUCGCACGUCUCCAACGGUGUUUGAAGGGUCCCGCGUAUGAAUCCGUUAGAAGUCGAUUGUUGCUCCCCGAAUCAGUUCCCCAAGUGAUUGACACGCUGCGUUUGUUGUACGGCCGACCAGAAUUGUUAAUUAGUGCUCAGUUACAAAAAGUGCGCAGUGUUCCAGCACCGAAGGCGGAGAAGUUGGAGACUAUUAUCGAUUUUGGCAUAGCGGUACGCAGUCUCUGCGACCAUUUGGAAGCCGCUGGACAGCAAGAGCAUCUUUCGAACCCGACGUUGUUGAUGGAGCUAGUUGAGAAGCUGCCUGCGCACACCAAACUGCAGUGGGCGGACUAUAUGCAGCAUCAUCCGGUGGUCAACCUAAAGGUGUUUGGAGACUUCAUGCUACGCGUCGUAACAGCAGUCAGCCGAGUAACAAUGUACGUCGGUGGGGACAGCGGCAACCAACAGAAGACAAAGCAAAAAGGAACGGUGAAUGCUCAUAUCAGUGAAACAGGACCAGAGAGUGAACUAGUGCGAGAGAAAGAGCGGGUGUGUGUCUGCUGUAAGAAGCCUGGCCACCGUAUAGCGGAUUGUUCAACGUUCAAAUCGUAUACGGUAGAUAAUCGGUGGAAGUUUGCACAAAAUAACGGCCUGUGCCGGAGCUGUCUAAACACACAUGGAAGGAGAAUCUGCAGGAAUGCAAUGCAGUGUGGAAUCGAUGGGUGUGAAUAUCGUCACCACACGCUGUUGCACUCUAAUCGAUCCAGUGCAACUGAACGGCCAACACAAGGAAUGUCGACAGUGCAAAACCAUACCCAUCGGCAAUACAAACAGGUUCUUCUAUUUCGUAUCAUUCCGGUUGUCGUCUCCGGUCCUCGUGGCACUGUAGAAACUUUUGCAUUCUUGGACGACGGUUCAGAUCUGUCUCUCAUCGAACGCAGUCUAGUAGAGCAGUUGGGAAUCGAUGGCUGGACUAAGCCAUUAUGUUUAAAAUGGACAGGAAAUGUCACACGAGUCGAGUCUGAAUCAAAACAAGUACGUAUUUCAAUACAGGGAGUGAGCAGCCAAAAACAACAUUCCCUCAAUGACAUUCGUACUGUGAAAGAACUCACUUUACCGGAACAGAGUCUGAACUACGACGAACUGUGCCAGCGCUACCGAUACCUUCAAGGAUUACCGAUCGUCAGCUACGAGAAAGCCGUUCCUCGCUUGUUGAUUGGCGUAAACAACGCGAACCUCACUGUUCCUCUGCAAGUGAGAGAAGGCAGGCAGUCCGAACCUAUCGCUGUGAAGACCAGAUUAGGUUGGUGCAUCUUCGGUGGCUCGCCUAAGGAUUCUACUCACUUCAAGACUCACUCUCUAAAUCUCCAUGCCUGCGAAUGUGAAAACGUUCAAGAACUGCAUAAUACGGUGAAGGAUUAUUUUACUGUGGAAGAUGCAGGAGUUAAGCCGACUGCUGCAUUGGAAUCCGAAGAAGAUAAGCGUGCCAGGAUCAUCAUGGAACGGACUACACUCCGAGUGGGCAAGCAGUUCAAAACGGGCUUGCUGUGGAAAUAUGACAAUAUCGAAUUUCCGGACAGCUAUACGAUGGCGAUCAAGCGGCUUGAGUGCCUCGAGCGCAAGAUGAUCCAGGAUCCGGAGCUGGCAGUCAACCUGAAGAAGCAGAUAGCAGAGUAUCAAACGAAGGGUUACGCGUAUCGAGCAACGGAGAAAGAAUUAACAGAAGCAGAUCCGAAGAAAGUAUGGUAUUUACCGUUGGGCGUAGUAACGAACCCAAGGAAACCAGGAAAAGUUCGUCUCAUAUGGGAUGCAGCUGCUAAGGUAGAUGGAAUAUCGCUAAAUACCAUGUUACUGAAGGGACCCGAUCAACUGACUUCGCUACCGGCAGUUCUGUCUCGUUUUCGACAGUACAAGGUAGGAGUUUCGGCUGACAUUAAAGAGAUGUUCCACCAACUGUUGAUUUGUGAAGAGGAUCGUCAUUCUCAGCGUUUUUUAUUCCGAAGUGACCCUUUGGACCAAGUUGAAAUCUACGUCAUGAAUGUCGCGACCUUUGGAUCCACGUGUUCGCCAGCGUCGGCGCAGUAUGUUAAGAACAGGAAUGCCGAAGAAUUCAUCAACAAUUAUCCACGGGCCGUCGAGGGAAUUUUGAAAAACCAUUAUGUGGACGAUUACCUCGAUAGCUUCGAGAACGAGGAAGAGGCGGAACGUGUUGCACAAGAAAUUCGGUUGAUACAUCAAGAAGGAGGUUUUCAAUUAAGAAAUUGGCUGUCGAACAGUGUGGAAGUGCUUCGUGGGCUGAAUGAAGAGAACCCGGAGGAAAGCAAGAGCCUGUGCCUGCCUGCGACGGAGUAUGGCGAUCGAGUGCUUGGAAUGCUAUGGCAAACAGCAGAAGAUAACCUCUGUUUUUCGAUUAAAAUGAAGGAAGAAAUUCAGAAAGUGAUAGAUUCAAGAGAGCGGCCCACGAAACGACAAGUUUUGAAAUGCCUGAUGGGGAUAUUCGACCCACUGGGACUUCUAGCCGUAUACCUUGUUCACGGAAAGAUCCUUCUUCAGGACGUGUGGCGCACUGGACUACAAUGGGAUGAAAGACUGCCAGAAGAAAUAUUCGACCGCUGGAUAAGGUGGACCGAUCUGUUCUGUAAAAUCGAAGACCUGCGAAUCCCACGGUGCUACUUCAAGAAUGCGACCGUGCAAACGUAUGAACAACUGCAACUCCACGUCUUUGUUGAUGCCAGUGAAGCAGCCUUCUCCGCCGUGGCGUACUUCAGAGUGAUGAACACUAACGGAGAAGCAGAGUGUUCUAUAGUAGCUGCUAAAACGAAAGUGGCGCCGCUGAAACCACUUUCGAUUCCUCGCUUGGAGCUACAGGCAGCGGUUCUUGGUAGCCGCUUAAUGGCGUUUGUUCAAGAGAUUCACAGCGUCGAAGUAAAAAAGCGAUUCCUAUGGAGUGACUCUGCAACAGUGCUGGCCUGGUUACGGGCCGAUCAUCGACGGUACAAACAAUACGUAGCCUGUCGAAUAGGAGAAUUAUUGUCAACGACCGAUGUUGCCGAAUGGCAGUGGAUCCCUAGCAAAUUGAAUCCAGCGGAUGCAGCGACAAAGUGGGGUACGAAACCGCUUCCAGGAGCAACCGAUGAGUGGUUCACGGGUCCCGAGUUUCUCCGGUUUCCCGAGGAGAAUUGGCCAAGGCAGGUCAAACUUUCCGUACAACCUGAAGAAGAAUUACGUCCUUGCUUCUUUGUUAAAGAAUCAACGAUUCCGGAAGUUAUAGUAGACUUUUCACGGUUCUCAAAGUGGCGGAAACUGCUAGGUGCAGUGGCGUACUUGCAUCGCUUCAUAGAGAACUGUCGGCGAAGACUGCGAGGAGAACAAUUGGAAUUGCUAUAUCUGAGUCAAGAAGAUCUGAAGAGAGCGAAGAACACCAUUGUGCGGCUCGUGCAGUGGCAGGAGUUUCCAGAUGAAAUGGUUCUACUUUCCAAAGGACAAGGCGAAUUACCAAAAACUAGCAGCCUUUUUCAGCUAACCCCAACAAUAGAUGAAUGCGGAGUACUGCGCAUCGAUGGACGAAUUGGUGCUGCCACAUACACACCGUUCGAUACCAGAUUCCCGGUGAUUCUAUCAAAGAAACAUCCGGUGACUAAGUUGAUAGUGGAGGACUUCCAUCGAACAUUUCUUCAUGGAAACUCUGAAACGGUAGUGAAUGAAAUAAGACAGUACUACCAUGUCUCGCGGCUAAGGACAGUAGUUAAGCAAGUUGCAGCAACGUGCCAGUGGUGCAAGGUGAAGAAGGCAACUCCAAAGGUGCCACGAAUGGCGCCACUACCUGUGGCACGUUUGUCCUCGUUCACACGCCCAUUCACGCACAUCGGUAUCGAUUUCUUCGGACCACUGCUGGUGAAAGUUGGAAGAAGUACUCCCAAACGCUGGAUAUGUUUGUUCACCUGUCUAACGACUCGAGCAGUUCAUGUGGAAGUCGCCCACAGUCUUUCUACAAAUUCCUGUGUGCAAUGCGUACGUCGUUUCAUCGGUCGUCGAGGAGCGCCAGCAGAGAUCUACACAGACAACGGCACAAACUUCCAGGGCGCGGAGCGCCUGCUUCAGGAGCAGCUACGAGGAAUACAUGGUGAAUUGGCAGCUACAUUUACGAACACAAACACUAAAUGGAUUUUCAUUCCACCAGCAGCACCCCACAUGGGUGGUGCAUGGGAACGGAUGGUGCGUUCGGUAAAGUCAGCCAUGGAAGCCGCAUACAACAACGAUCGCAAGCUGGAUGACGAGGGAUUGGAAACACUGGUAAUCGAAGCCGAGAGUAUUGUCAACAGUCGGCCGCUGACAUACCUACCUUUAGAAGCCGCUGAAACAGAAGCUCUCACACCAAAUCAUUUCCUUCUGGGAAGCUCAACAGGUGUCCGACAGCCUGCAGUACCGUUCAGUGAUCCAACAACUGCUUUGAAAAAUACUUGGACCCAAAUACAACAUCAACUGGACGUCUUUUGGAAGCGGUGGAUUCGAGAAUAUCUUCCGAUGUUAACCAAACGUAUGAAGUGGUUCGGAGAGGUAGCACCAAUAGCUGUAGGAGACCUGGUUCUCAUUGUGGACGACGCCCGAAGAAAUGGCUGGACACGCGGGCGAGUCCAGGACGUCGUAAAAGCAGAAGACGGAAGAAUUCGGCAGGCUGUCAUUCAAACUGCGAGGGGGAUAGUGCGUAGACCGGUGUCAAAGUUGGCUGUAUUAGAGGUUGAGUUGGAUGGUAAAACUGGGACCGGUGGCCAGUGUUACGGGGGGGAGGAUGUUACUGCCAGCACUUCCCCGCGGUGUGACCGCAACCGAACAAGGGCGAAGCACGCUGAAACGUCAACUGUCAGGGAAAGUCAGCAAACGGAACAUCAAUCAGUUUUGUGAAGCAAUUGAAUGCACAGGCAAAAGUGUGUGGUGAUGAGGGAUUAUCAAAACUAAAAUUAAUUUAUCUAAAUUCUAUAUUCUACAGCUAAAUCCUACGACUACACUAGUUGAACUAUAAAUACCUAAAUCUAUUAUCACAGUUUGCUCUAGUUAUCACAGUGGUUUAUCACAGCAGUAAGUUUGUUAUAGACUAGAAAAGAAACUUUUUCUAACCUUAACCUAAACACAGAUCCUAUAGCUAGACGAACAUUACGGAUAGACACGUUGAAAUUAACCUAAAAGGGCACACCGAAAAUUGUAAGUUUUCACUACUAAAUCUAAACAUGCAAAUAACAAUAAAAAACUAUUUCAGCUUAAAGCUGUCGUCACACCCAA